AUGGCGCUGCUUCAAUACAAAGCUCCCGUCAACUAUGAAGCUCAUCAAGAGGCUUUCGAAGACUUCCUUUCCACUUUCAAAACUUCUCCGACUGCGAACAUUACCCAUGCUUUGGGCGGCAUGAACAUUGAUGAGGAUGAUUUCAGCGAUGACAACGAUAUGAUGGAUGAUGAUGAUGACCAGACCUCAAGGAGGCAGACCAGAGCUCAAGCAAAGGUUCCCAAGCUGAAGUAUUUGGAGUUAUUACAAAAAGUUGCGGACAGAUACGAGGAUGAAAUCACAAUUGAACUGGACGAUUUAGCCAAAUAUGACGACUUACUGGAUGAAGCUGGAACUCCUCUCAAUCUAGUCAACUCGAUUGAAACCAACGCAAAGCAUUAUCUGGACAUUUUAUCCAAGGCGGUCGAUGCAGUGAUGCCACAACCUACAAGAGAAAUCAACUAUAAGGAUGAUGUACUUGAUGUUCUCAUGUCGCAAAGAACAGCUCGAAAUAACGCCUUACGCCGUGCUGCCGCCGAACAGAGCGAUAUAACGGUUGAACCCGAACUCUUCCCUGCCGAACUUACAAGAAGAUAUACUUUGAACUUCAAACCAUUAAGCGCUUCCGGAGAUAACUCCAAAAAAGCUUUGGCAGUGCGACAGGUUCGUGGUGAACAUCUUGGUCAUCUUAUUACCGUUAGGGGUAUUACUACAAGAGUCUCAGAUGUUAAGCCGACUGUGGAAGUAAACGCAUAUACUUGUGAUAGAUGUGGUUGCGAAAUUUUCCAGCCCGUUGGAUCCAAGACAUUCGGGCCAUUAGUUGAAUGUCCUUCUCCCGAUUGUACUACGAAUCAAACCAAAGGACAACUCCAUCAUUCCACUCGAGCCUCAAAAUUUCAGCCAUUCCAAGAAAUCAAAAUCCAGGAAAUGGCCGAACAAGUCCCGGUUGGUCACAUUCCUCGAAUGUUGACUGUUCUAUGCCACGGGGCUCUAGUUCGACGUAUCAAUCCUGGAGAUGUUGUCGAUAUUGCAGGAAUUUUCUUACCUACGCCAUAUACGGGCUUCAAAGCCAUUAGAGCUGGUCUCCUCACUGAUACAUAUCUUGAGGCACAGCACGUCACUCAACACAAGAAGGCUUACGAAGAUUUAACUAUUGAUAGCCGAGUUUUCAAGCGAAUUGAGCAAUACAGAGCAUCUGGCCAUGUUUACGAAUAUCUUGCAAAAUCUAUCGCGCCUGAAAUUUACGGUCAUUUAGAUGUGAAGAAAGCAUUACUUUUAUUGCUGGUCGGUGGUGUUACUAAAAGUAUGGGGGAUGGAAUGAGAAUCAGAGGUGAUAUCAAUAUCUGUCUGAUGGGUGACCCGGGAGUGGCAAAAUCUCAAUUACUCAAAUAUAUCACCAAAGUGGCACCCAGAGGAGUUUACACUACCGGUCGUGGAAGUAGUGGUGUUGGUCUUACUGCAGCGGUUAUGAAGGAUCCAGUAACUGAUGAAAUGAUUCUCGAAGGUGGUGCGCUGGUACUUGCUGAUAAUGGUAUCUGCUGUAUCGAUGAAUUUGACAAGAUGGAUGAUACCGAUCGGACUGCAAUUCACGAAGUUAUGGAACAACAGACAAUUUCCAUUUCCAAGGCCGGAAUUUCUACGACUUUGAACGCUAGAACUUCCAUUUUGGCAGCUGCCAAUCCUCUUUAUGGCCGUUACAAUCCCAGGAUAUCUCCAGUGGAGAACAUCAACCUUCCAGCAGCUUUACUCUCCCGUUUCGAUGUACUAUUCCUUAUUCUUGACACUCCUACUAGAGAUAACGAUGCUCUCCUCGCUCGCCACGUCACCUAUGUUCACAUGAAUAAUAAACAUCCUGAUACUGAAGGUGUUGUUUUCACACCACAAGAAGUUCGUCAAUAUGUUGCUCAAGCUAGAUCCUAUCGUCCAACGGUUCCAACGAGCGUCUCUGAGUAUAUGGUAAAAGCCUAUGUCAGAAUGCGUGAUCAACAAUCUCGUGAUGAGAAAAAUAAGAAACAAUUUGCUCAUACCUCUCCUCGUACCCUUCUUGGUGUUCUUCGUCUAUCACAAGCUCUUGCUCGAUUACGUUUCAGCGAAGAGGUGGUUCAAGAUGAUGUUGAUGAAGCUCUUAGACUUGUUGAAGCAUCGAAGGAGAGUUUGUAUGCUGAUCAAGAUGGAUAUAGAAAGGAUUCUAGUCCAAGCAGCAGAAUUUACAAUAUGGUUAGAGCUUUGGCCGAAGCUGGUCAAUGCAGACCUGAAGAGGCGGACGAUGAAGAUGAUGAGACUUUGGGUAUGGAAUUGAGUAUGAAGAAGGUCAAGGAGAGAGUCAUUGCCAAGGGAUUUACCGAGGAUCAAUGGCGAGCUGCUGUUAUGGAAUACACCGAUCUUGAUAUCUGGCAAACGGCUGGUAAUGGAACGAGAUUGCUCUUUGUCAUGUCAGAGGCAGCGCAUAUGGCAAGGGAUGAAGAGUAUGAAAUGGAAUAA